AUGCUCCACCGAUCCCUCGAGACUAUACAGGCCCAGAUACAGCCAGAGUCGAGUGGGCUGAAAGAAACCAUGCAGCAACUUUUCACUGACUUGAGGGAUAUCACUUCUGGCCGUGCUCCAUUAAGUAUAAACCUGUCAGUCUCAGGUGGGCCAGGCUUCCAGACGCCAAUAUUUACAAUGAACUCUGAGGCCAACACUGGAGGAUCUGGAACAUCACCUCCUCCACGAUACCGCAUGAGUAGAGGAGUGAAAACAAUUCCCGACCUUUGGAGAGAGUGGCAUUUUGGCCUGAACGGUGCGAAGUCUGUGGUUGAGUUGGAGAGACUUCAACCGGGAUGGCAUAGCCAAGAUGACACUUUCUUUGCCAGAAGACACCGUGUCAUAAUUGCUAUUAAAAAGCACGCGAGGGAAAGUGGGUUGUCUGAGGAAAUGGCGAUGCACUUGGCAGAGGAGAGGAGAGUCUUGGGGAGAAAGACAUUAGAUUUCUUAGGAAAAAACCAAAACAGCAUAUUUAUCAGCUAA